AUGGCUUCUUCAAUCAAGGCAUCAUCAUCAUUAUCAUCUUCCAGGUACACCUCCUUUGACUCGCGAUCUUCCACCCAGUCCCAUAAAUCAGAUCCAUCCUCAUCCACCGAGCUCAAAGCCUUCCAAUCUCGUGACCCCACUUCCUCCUCACGUGCUCUCGUCAAGGCCAAAUCCUUAGACAUAGCUCGAACAAAAACGAUCAAGAACGAUCAGAAUUUGACUGCAAUGGUGAAGAAGUUUAUGGAGAAGAGGUCAACAACCAAGUCAACAAAAACAGCGACCAAUUUAGUUAUACCGACGAAUUUCAUAGGGGAGGAUUUGAAGAAAACAGCGAGGAAGGGGACCAAUUUUACGGGGUUGCAUAGGAAGUUGUUUAGUAAGAAUUUGGGGUCCAACAAGGAUGAGACUGAGAAGAAGGCUUUAACGGAAGUGAAGCCCAAUACGAGGACUUUGGCGAUGGUCUUGAGGAGUGAGAGGGAGCUUUUGAGUUUAAAUAAGGAGAAGGAGGUGGAAAUCACCCGGCUCAAGCUGACGCUCGAGGAGAAAAGCACAGAGGUUGACAAGCUGAAGGAUUUAUGUUUGAAGCAAAGAGAAGAGAUAAAGGCAUUGAAGGGUGCCAUACUGUUACCAGAUGUUAUGAAUUCACAACUUCAUGAGCUUUUGGAGAAGCAGGGUUUGGAACUAAAGCAGGCCAAGCAGCUCAUUCCAAGUCUCCAUAGGCAGGUCACUUCUCUUACCAGCCAACUUCAGUACCUUGCUGAGGAUCUUGCAGAGGUGAAGGCAGAAAAAUAUUCAAUGGGAGGGUGCUAUAAUGGUCAUGCCAGCUCCCCAAGGACACCAGCAUUUGAUCAAGAGGAGGCAGCUAAUUCUCUGGAGUUCAGCUCGGGGGAUCACACAACCCCUGGCAGUCCGGAUGACAUGUUCCUCAAGGAUUUAAAUCCAUGUCUAACUCCAUAUUAUGCCAAUACAAAGUCCAAAGAAUUUGAAGCGAUGGGCUAUGAUUCCCCACAUGAUGAAAGGUGGUCUAAAAACAACUUGCCAACGUGCCAUGUGGUUGGCUUUGACUCCCAUGUCAGGAAGUUGUCGAGAAGUUCAGACUAUCACGAAUGUUCCCACUCUUCUGGUAGCAUUUCAGCCCAAGCAACACGCAGAUCACAUGAAUGCGAAUGCACAUAUGUCAAGUAGAUGCACCCUAAACUUUUCGAAUUAUUUGGCGCCAGAUGGUCCGUUCCAUCAAGUCAAAUAAAUUGAAAAGACGAGUCUUAUGCACUCCGAAGAUGGUUCAGGAUCGACAUGGUCGGAAAAAUUGAGUUAUCAUUUCUAAUAUGUAACAAAAAGGUUAAAUUAUGGCAUGUAUUUUCUAUGCUUAAAGUGUCCCGCAUUGAUGUUUCGGGUAAAAUUGGAUAGUGAGGAGGGAAACUGAGCUGUGCUAUACCAUUUUUCUUUUUUCUUUGUUCUCCUGUACUUGCUAG